AUGAACUUUAAGAACUCCAAGAAUAACAGUUAUUUCAACUUAAAUAUUUGCUUACUUAUCCCAAUCAUUGGUGUCAGUAUUAUUGCAUUAGUUUUAUCAUGCUUAACUUUUUUGAAAAGUCCAAAUACUUCAUAUUUUAUGAUUGAUUUCACUCAGGCUAAAUUAGAUAAUGUUUAUCAAUUUUAUAAUAAAAAUGAUCCAACAACUUUAUUACCUUAUGAUAUUGAAACUAAUACUACAUUACAACAUCAAUAUCGUUUUGGAUUAUGGGGGGUUUGUGCACAAAAUGGUAAAAUUGAUUUAAAUGAUAUGACCAAGGAUAUUGAUUGCUCAAGAUUUGUUUCAUAUGGUAUGUCACCAUGGAUUCCAUAUAUUUUAAAAGGUGCUGUUAAAUUAGCAUCAAAUGAUGAAGAUUUUAAUUUAAAUUUACCUGAUUCAAUCAUGAGUUUUAAUCCUGAUUUUGCUAUGGAACAAGCAUUUAAUGGUAUUUUAGGUGGAGUUAUAUGUUCAAUUUUAGAAUUGGUAUUCUUAUUUAUCGGUGGGAUUGUUAGUGUAAUAAUUAGAUCUAAGGGUUAUGCUCAAAAAGCCAAAAUCAUUAUGUUAUCAUGUUUAAUCGCUAUUAGUUUAGGUCAUUGGGUUUCUAUGAGUAUUGGAUUAUCAAGUUGGAAAUAUGUUUCUAAUACACUUGAUGAUAUUUUACAUAAUUCCUACUCUAAAGUUCAAAUCAGAGGUAUUCAAAGGGAAAACAAUUUUAGAAUGGGUUGGUGUUCUAUGAGUUUUGGUGUUAUUAAUUUUGUUUGUUUAAUCAUCAUGUUGAUUAAUAUUUGUUUGACCAAGACCACAACAUCUCAAAGAACUACACCAGACGCUUCUGAAUCAGAUCAAGAAUCUUUGGAAGAAAAGGCAUGA